GGCCACAGUUUCCCGGAUGUACUAUCUUCCCCCUGUUCAACAUGGCGUCGAGAAAGUGAGACUUCGGCUAAUGUCAGUCAGUUUGCCCAAAGUUAGCCCCGCUUAUGCUCUUCUGACCGCACGGAAGUUUAUCUCCACACCUCGGAGGCGGCAGAGAAAAGUUUUCUAGGGACUUUUCCGGGAACAGCAACAUCACCCAGUAAUAUUGGAGCAGAUUUGAGGGUUUUUCCUCUUGGUCAUCAGCCUGUUUUGGACUACCGAGGCUCGGAGGAGGGGUGUUUACGGUGGAUCCCAGCAGGGGUGUCGAGCCAGAAAGGUGGAGGCAAUCGGGAACCGUGGAGGACUGUUGACAGACGUGUCCAAUAGGGGGCAGCGCUGACGGCAGGAGGGAUGUUGUCGUUGCUUUGAUGCAGUUGACCCUAGGGUCCUUCACAGAGCGAAGCAGCUGAAGGCAGCUGCUGUUGAGGCGUCUUCUGAGAAAUCCAGACAGCCCUCGCAUCGACAUACUGUACAAGGUCUGAUGCUUGGCUGCCUCGGCCGCCACCAUGUUCACCAAAAAGAAGAAGUCUCGCAUCCAGAUCUCGGCCCCGUCUAACUUCGAGCACCGCGUCCACACGGACUUUGACGAACAGGAGCAGAAGUUUGUCGGGUUGCCACGGCAAUGGCAGUCGCUGAUCGAAGACACGGCCAAGAGGCCCAAACCCUUCAUCGACGCCACCGUCAUCACCACUGUAGAACCACGGAAGACCAUCGUACGCGGCAGCAAACUGGGUGUGGACGGCUCUCUGACAUGGCUGCUGGAUGAGUUUGACACGAUGUCGGUGACUCGCUCCAACUCCCUGAGACGAGGAAGUCCUCCCAUUCAGCCUCGCAGGGACUCCGGCUCCUCGGGAGGAGGAGGAGGACUGCAGGAGAACGGAGAUCCUCACCACAGACACCACUCAGACAGAGACCGGCCCAGACAGGACCACCAUGCAGGAGGAGACCCUCGUCAACGUUCUGUCCGUCCUCCUCAGAGAGACGAAGGAGUCCAGGGUCGACCUCAGCAGCAGCCCCGAGGACAAGAACCCAGCCGGGCCCCCAGAGACAGACUGGACUCUGGACCUCCUGCUCCCCCUCACAGAGACAGAGAGCAUCGGGAUCGAGACCAGGACCAGGUGGUUCGCAGGGACCAACCUGCCGACCACAGGCCCAAGUCCAGCUACGUGACCCGGGAUGGCAGCCCUCAGUCUCCCAGGGACAAGAGGCCUCUCUCAGGACCCAACAUCCGCACCCCGAACCUGCCGGUGACCGAGGGGGUGAUGAAGACCACCCAGCAGAGCACACGACCCUUCAACACCUACCCGAGGACAGACAGCGAGGGCGGACGCAGCCCCACCGGACAGCCGGGUCGCCACCAUGAAUCCUCCCCCCAGAACGGACCCUCCAGCGGCUCCGGUCGAGGUUCCUCCGGCUCCAAGCCCCCGGUGAACCACCAGCACCCUCACCACACCUCCCACCCCAGCCUCACGCCCGAGUCCUCCCAGCACCCGCACACCCCCCACCCCAACGUCCCGGCCCCGCGGCCCCCCGUCCCCUCCGGACCCCCGGCGUCGGGGGCUCCUCCUCAGGGCCGCUCACCGCAAAGGGAGCCCCAGAGGGUCUCCCACGAGCAGUUCAGGGCGGCGCUGCAGAUGGUGGUGGAUCCGGGCGACCCGCGGACCUACCUGGACCACUACAUCAAGAUAGGAGAGGGCUCCACGGGGAUUGUGUGCAUCGCCACGGUGAAGACCACCGGGAAGCUGGUGGCCGUGAAGAAGAUGGACCUGAGGAAGCAGCAGCGCAGAGAGCUGCUCUUCAACGAGGUGGUGAUCAUGCGCGACUACCACCAUGAGAACGUGGUGGAGAUGUACAACAGCUACCUGGUGGGAGACGAGCUCUGGGUCGUCAUGGAGUUCCUGGAGGGAGGAGCACUGACUGACAUCGUGACGCACACGAGGAUGAACGAGGAGCAGAUCGCCACCGUGUGUCUGUCUGUCCUGAAGGCGCUGUCUGUCCUCCACACUCAGGGUGUGAUCCACAGAGACAUAAAGAGCGACUCCAUCCUCCUCACUCACGACGGCCGGGUGAAGCUGUCAGACUUCGGAUUCUGCGCUCAGGUGUCAAAGGAAGUCCAGAGGAGGAAGUCUUUAGUUGGGACACCAUAUUGGAUGGCGCCUGAGCUCAUCUCCAGGCUGCCUUACGGACCAGAGGUGGAUAUCUGGUCCCUGGGUAUCAUGGUCAUAGAGAUGGUGGACGGAGAGCCGCCGUACUUCAACGAGCCGCCGCUCAAAGCCAUGAAAAUGAUCCGAGACAACCUGCCUCCCAAACUGAAGAACCUGCACAAGGUCUCCCCUCUGCUCAAAGGCUUCCUGGACAAGAUGCUGGUUCGAGACCCGGCUCAGAGAGCGACAGCCAGCGAGCUCCUCAAACACUCAUUCCUGACGAAGGCCGGCCCGCCGUCCUGCAUCGUCCCCUUGAUGCGACAGAACAGGAUGAGAUGAGAGGAUCCGAUGCGUCGGGACCGUCGUGCAGGUUCGGCUGGAUCAGAAUACUCCUGCACACGGAGGCGAAAACACUCGGAAAAGGUGUUUGGAAAAUGUGCGGGAGUAUUCUCUUUUUCUUAGGCGAGUCACUGAACCGCGGGGAGCGAGUUCUCCCAAUAAGAGGCAAUAAGGAGGUGUGUGUUUGUGUGAAUGUUUCAAGGCUCGCCGUGUGAAUAAACACAGCAGAGGAGCCUCAGUUUGCCUGUGGAGUGAUUUAUUUUUUAUUUUUUUUAGCUGAUUUAACUGAAGAGCCUCGCCUGGAAACGUUCAUACCUGUGGCUCUUUUUAUUUCCUGUUUGGACCGUACCUGGAUUUUAAGCGUGAACGAAGGUGGGGUUUUGCACACCAAGUCGGAUGCUUUGAAGGAGCCGAUUUUUUUUAGAGACUGACGGUUUUUAAUCUCACUAUCGGACAAUCUGGAAAAUGUUUUUCUCACCACAGACUUCUCUACACUCAGACUCGAUUCCUCGCCACACCCAGAACUUACUACUGAGAGAGGAGAGACUUCAGGCUCGGAGACGAGUCACGCAGACUUUUAUUUUGUAGCCAUACAAAAAAGAAAAAAAAUCUUAGGUUCCUGUUGUAAACAAGCAAACCUACACUAAGUGAAAAGGUAAACACUGGAGUCGUGGUAACAGAUUUUUCUCUUAUUUCCUCCUAAUUUUCUUCCUGUGUAAGUCAAUGAACAUAGAGAGAUAUAUCAGUUUUGACGUUCUACUAUCUCUAUUUUGUGAUUGUUUUAUUAUUAUUAUUAAGAUGUGUUUUCUGGUUUUAUUCUAGAGUAAGAUGUGAUAAAAAUUUUUUUUGUUUUGAAGCACUGUUGACGGGAGAUAGAAGCUGCACUCCCAGUUAAUUUCAGCCGAUACAAACACACUAAAUGUUCUAAUUUUUCUUGUUUUAAACCACAGCACACACAGCCCCUUCUGUUUAUACUUCUGUGUUUUUAGGAGAUUUAACUCAUUUCUGCUCGUGCUAACGCGUCUUGUGAGGUAGAAAACUGAACACGUGCUGCUCGUCGAGUGAACGGCUAGGUGCUGACGUGCGGGAGAGCUCGUCGUGUUGUUCUCCAAUUAAUGUUUGAUUGGCGAGUUAAUGGAUCUUGCAGCCCUGUUGUAGUUUAAAGAAAGGAAAAAACACUCGCCAGCAGCGGCUUUGUUGAGGUUUUAUCUCCCAUCUGUACGGUGCUGCUUGUAGUAUCACUGUGUGUGUGAAGAUGUGGGAUUGUUUCAGCAUUUAACUCGGCGUAGAUGUGGUUUCUGUGGAAGUGGACCAUUAUGCAGAUAACAGAAACAACUGCGAGGAUUUAAACAGCAGCAGCAGUUGCUAACAAUGUAAACACGUUUAAUAGCUGGGAGAAUAUUUGUUCCACAUCAUUCCAGACUCUUCAGAUUAAUCUAGUUUCCCUUCAUGACUAACAGCAAAUUAUCACCACCAAAGUACAAAAUGACAGACGACUCAUCCUCUCCCACACAAAACAUCAUGUGCCUCAAUUAAUCCCACAAUAAUUUAAAAUGAUUACACUUCAGUUUGGUCCAAAUGUUGCUGCCAAGAGUUUGAAGUUCAGGGAUUUGAUAGACAGGUCAUUACAGCACCAGAAGAUGGAGCUUCAAACCUUCAUCUAUAGUCAAAAACUUCUUUGUAGUGACCAAAAAUGUCCUCGCUGUAGAGCUGCUGCUUCUUCAUGUUGAAAGGACCCAACUGAGGAGGUUCAACAUCUGAUUAGGAUGCUUCCUGGGUGACUUCCUGUAGAGAUUUUCCUGUGGAAAAUCUGGGAGAUCUCGCUAGAGGGAUUAUGUAUCUCAUCUGGCCUGAGAACAUCUCAGGAUCUUCCUAGAUGAACCUGAAAAUGCUGCUGUGAAGUUAGACAUCUGCAAUGAUCUGUGUAGCCUCCAACUCUGGAUGAACACGAGAAAAUAGAAAUUAUACACCCACUUUGUUUUGCCUUGAUGAUCCUCAGACUGGAAGAUACCAUCUGUAGUUUCAUACAGUAUCUUGUAGCUCUAAAGAAGAUAAAACAUUCUUCUCUCUCGGCCAGGACUGCUUAUUCGAGUCCCGUUCUGUCUUCCAGUUUAGCUGCUGCAAAGAUCCUUUUUUUUUUUAUCACAUCAGACCUCAUUUGAGUAGCUUUUUAACAUCGAAAACCCAGAAUACUUCCACCAGAUCUGCUGCUUUUAACCCAAGAUUCACUGAUGGACGAUGCCAGUGGAACUUAUGUAGCUUAAAAUUAUACUUUUAAGCCAGUUGAUCUUCAUAAAACAACCAAAAAAGUAUCAAAAUUUUUGUCUUCGUCUUGUUAAACGUCUUAGCUUUUGUCCUGACUGAGAGUCUGGACUGAUCGUUGUAGCUUUGAUAAGCAGAAAAAUGGAUGGAUCCAUUCUGUAGACCCAGUUUCUUUGGCCCUGAUGAUCCUCAGACAUCUGUAAUUUCGUACUUAUACCUUGUAACACUAAAAAAACAUCACUACCGAAGAUAAAACUGAAUAUAAAACUUCUCUUUCCGUUCCAUCUUCGUCUUCCAGUUUAGCUGCUGCAAAGAUCCUCUUUUUUUGUCACACCAGACCACAAUCCAGUAGCUUUUUAAUGCCAAAAACCCAGAAUACUUUCACCAGAUCUGCUGGUUUUAUCCUAAGAUUCAUUAUCAGAACAUGGUGGACCAUUUAAGUGGAACUUCUCUAGCUUAAAGUGACACUUUUAGGCUGGUGGAUCUUCGUAAAACAAACAAAAAAACCAUCACUACAGAAGAUGAAAUUGAAGAUAAAACUUCUGUCUCCAUUCCAUCCUUGUCUUCCAGUUUAGCUUCUGUAAAAAUCCUCUUCUCACAAGACCAAACUUCAAUUUUACAAAUAAAAACCCUAAAUACUUCCACCCGAUCUACUGGUUUUAUUCCAAGAUUCACUGGUGGAACAUGGCAGACCAUGCAAGUGGAAUUUCUGUAAACCCAGUUUCUUUGGCCCUGAUGAUCUUCGGACGUCUGUAGUUUCAUACUUUCGCCUCGUAACAAUGAAGAGCCACUAAUAGAGGAGAUAAAAUUUAAAAUAAGGCAGUUUCAUUGGUAAAAAUCACUGAGUUGAGAUGCACAUAAUGACUAAACAUUGUUCUUUCUGCUGUUUCCACUGAAUAUUUUACAUUUUCAUGUGCUGUCUGACUUUUUAAAAACUUCAAUUGGAGGUUUAUUUGAUGACGUAGCACAUUAACAGUACCUCGUUGUGUAGUUUUUCUACUACACAGCAGCUCAACAAUCACUUUGUGGGUUCUUCGCAUGCAAACGGAGAAACCUGCAACUUUGAGGCCUUGUAGCAGCACAGAGUAGACUUUUACUCUGAAAUUGUUUCAACUCAUCGAGUGGUUUAAUGAUGUGGCACUCACUGUUUGGAGGAUUUCUGAGUAAAAGCAGCCUCAAUGCUGUUUGUCUCUGUGGUUACCGAGACUCCAUUAGGCUGCACUUUAACCUCAAUAAAACAAACUUCCUUCCAGGCGUCACUUUCCUUCUCGUCGUACUUUGACACAGUUAAACUCUGAGCUGAUGCCCUGCUGCCGUUUCCACCCCAGCAACAGCAGGAAAUUAACUUCUUAAAAACGUGCAUUACGGGUUUGUUUUCGAGCCUGAGCUUCCGUUAAUCAUACACCUUCUUUCCUGACACUUUUCCCCCUUCAGAGGCUUGGGCACAGCAGAAAUUCUGUAGUAGGCGUUCUGUACUUUGUCUCCUUGGCGGCUUUCCAGGGAGCAGAUUUUUCAUCAGUUUCUGGAUCUGUUUUGUGGUCAGAACCAGUAAUGAGUCACAGAGAACGAUAGAAGAGCUGAAUGUAAAGACAAUCAGCUGUAGUUAAGAUGUAUGAGACCUUAAUGUAAUGUUGAUCCCGUUUGAAUCUUUGAAGCACCUACUGAUUAAUGACACUAAUCCAGUUGAAGAUAUGAACUUUCCUCCUGCUAACUGCUGGUAGAUUACAUCUAUUGUGCUUCUCUUGUGUUGGGGCCACUGGAAACCCAAGAAAAAAAACAAAAUAUCAUUGUUUUGCUUAAAUUAGACAAAUUUGCUGACAUAUUUGAUGCAUCCCAUUUAGCUUUGAAAUCAGUCUUUUCAUCAACUUGUACGUUCUCUUGGUGUUGAUUGGUGAAACCUGCAACUUUUGGUGUUGCUUUUUGGACGCGUUUGAUCAUAAUUUUCGACGACUUUAUUCUCAAACUGAUAAAUAUGCAUAGCAUAGCAUGUUAGCAUUGAAUGCUAACUUGUAGCACACUACCCAGAGACACUACCUAGCUGUGAAUUCGUCCAACAUGUUGGUUUUCGUAGAAAGUCCAGAUGAAAAUCAUAAUCUGAAUCUGCUGUGAUGUUUGUCUCUAAUCUAAAACUAAAUCCGAGUUUUACAUCUUUUUAAGACAGAAUCAGAACUGGAAAAGAGAGAUUAAUCGAGCAGAAGUUAAAUUCUUGCCGCAUUUCUACGUUUAUGAAGCCCAGCUUUUAUUUUGAAAUUCAGUUAUUCCAUGGAUGUUGCUGUCGUGAUGAUUUGUAAUCCCACUUUAAAUCAGUUUAAUACUGCACCUACUGAUUAAUGACACUAAUCCAGAUGAAGACAUGAACUUUCCUCCUGCUAACUGCUGGUAAAUUGCAUCUGUUCUGUUUUAUUGUGUAUUAGGGCCACUGGAAAACCCAAAAAAACACCAAAAUAUCGUUAUGCUUAAAUUAGACAGAUUUGCUAACAUAUUUGAUGCCUCACAGUCCUUCCUGCCACCUGAAGCUACUUUUUUAUCUUCAAAACUAGACUCUUGGUCAUUUUUUUUUUUGCCUCAUCCUUCAUGCGAUCAGCUUCUUCUUCUUCAUCAAUGUGAAAAUCUGCUUCCAGGUGGUGUUUCUGGACCAGAUUCUACUGCUGUGUGUGUUUCUGAGAGUCUGACUGCGGGUUUCGCAGACGUUUCAUGCCUUAACAUUUUUACAAUCACUACUUGACGGAUCGAAACGCUACGACUGUUUGAGACUUUUUCAUCUUGUUGACGUUCCUCAGUUUUCACGGUCAGGAGGGUUUUUUUAAACUUCCUGUUCUGGGGUUUUCCAGGAAGCACGUCUGCUGGCAUUGAUUCAGAAUUCAGUGCCUUGCUUGGCGGAAUCCAGACAGAUAUUUUUGUGUCUUGUUACUUGGGAAACCCUCCUCUGAGGGACAGUUAUGAUUCGCAUUGACUCACCUCCUGUUUUAAAGCUGAUUCUGUUGUCGACAUGAACGAAACUGCAUCAUCUUGUGUUUUUUCUUUUUUUUGUAAAUUUCACUGGUAUUGUAAAAACAAACAAACAUAGACUUCAUUUUGCAAAUGUUACUUUUUUGCAAAUACAAUUUUUGUAAAAGA